AAGGACCCACUCUUGUCUACAAUCUCAUAACGCACUCUUUGUAUAUUUUCACGCCGGCCGACCUUGAAGGAGUUUUAUUGAACUGAAGCUUUCAAGAACCUUUCUUUGGAACGCGAUCUUUGUUAUUAUCAUCAGGGUCGGGUGCCACAACCCCAACUUUUUAUCUGUCUUUAUACAGGACUGUAGGUGAAACGGCAUAGCAACACGGGACCAUUCAGGUGAACUCAUUCAGGGGGAUCCAUAAGAGUCGCCACUAGCACGCAGAUCCAGCACGUCAGCCGCAUGCCCAUCCUUUUUUGUUUAAAUAACUCGAUCUCCUGCAUUUUCCAACGUACCAUUUCUCUAUCUUUCCAUCAUGCCAAAGCGUAUUCCUACCCCUCCUCCUGGAGACGAUGAACCUCGAUAUCUCACUGUCGUUCAUCCGUACGUCCUCGACGGGCAUUGCAACAUGGAGUUGCCCAAGGAUAGACAAGAUUUUGCGCGUUGGGUGGCGUGCUGCAUCGAUGCUAAGCACUUUUAUGCGUUUUUUCCACAAGCCCAGUCUCGCGAGUGCCCCCAGCUUGAUCGCUUACUCGGCGAGCAUCGUUGGAGGGAGUUCCUGAAGAAGUCGUCCAAACAAGAGCAGGAUCAAGUCACAAAGGUUUUUUAUUGCACUUAUAGCACUGGAAGACAAGUGCAGAAGAACGGCUGGAAGCGUAUAUAUGUCGAAGACGCUUGGUUUAAAACGUGUCUCAUCACUUUCCCUUACCCUGAAACCCAUUUUUGUGAAGUGCCGAUUGAGGAUCAGACCAAUCAUCCCAUGUGCAGGCCCCUUCCGGGCGCUGUAAAACCCCCUCCCCCUGAGACCCUGACUGCCCCUGCACCAGUCGUCGGUUCCCAACAAUGGAUCACCGACAAACGGCUACCUGCUCCCAUCGCGAGGGCAGGGGCGUGGGCCAAAGGAACUCCCAAACUUACAGCACCAGUCGGCAAUGCAUGGAAGGCUGCUAUCGCUACUUCCUCUCCGGCCAUCCCUGGGCUCAAGAAGCAGCCCGCAGUUGGCGGCGGACCCAUCGCAGUGAAAGCAUCUGAUGUUUGGGUCGGCCUUUCUACGUCCUCUGGACUUGGACCAAACGGGUGGUCAGACUCCCCCACUGGAUCUGGAAUGAACACUCCCUCCAGCGGAGCCCCCUCUCCUUUACCUAGAACAUUAUCGAAUCAAUCUCCCACCGUCCCUCCCGGUCUGAGUGGUCCAAAAGCCUGGAGUGCUGGAACGUCCUACCCUACUCAUCCUCCCGGAAUUCCGGCAGUACCAAAUGCAUGGGGCGCUCCUCGCAUCGAGACGGCCCCUGGCCUCGAUCGCGACAACACAACACCUGAUAUCGUACUCACUCCUGAGGACGAUCCGUACAAAGUUCAAGUCCAAAUUUCGGAAAGCAUGGAACGAGCGCUGGACGGGCUGUCGCUGGACUCAAUCGCACCCGGGAACUGGGAUGAGCCCACGAGUACUCAAGUUUGGUCGGAACAUCCCAUUGCCGACGGAGCUACUUGGGACGAUACUCCUGCAGACGCCGAGACGCAGUGGAGAGAGCUGAAUGACGACAAGGAGCAGGAGAAGCCGAUCGUAUGCAACGCCCAUGGAAUUAUCUGCAAGAAGGGAAUCUGCAGGGAGUACGCGAAGCAGAUGGCAAGUUCGAAUAACAAGAAGGGUAAGGGCAGAGGCAGAGGCAAGGGGUAUGGCAGAGGCGGUGGAGAAGGAGGGGGAGGCACCGAUCGUGGAGGAGCUCCCAACAACGCUUUCCGAGGUCGCGGCGCUCCCUGUGAACGCCGGGAAAGCAACGAAGCGGAAUCUGUCGCAGUUGAAACUCCGACUACAUGGGGCAAUACUGCCUCGUGGAAUGCGGACGAAGAUGCACCUGAGGAGGAGGCGGAGCCUGCGGGCAAUGACGCGCCUGAGCCGUCUGAUGACGGUUGGGGCAAAUCUGUGGCUAGCUUUGAUCCUUGGCUUAGCGUCCCUGCGGAGCCCGAGCCUCAGCAGAGGCCCCCGCCCCAGUCCCAGCAAAGGCCGAAAUUUCAGACCCAGCAGAGGUCCAAGCCCCAGUGGACGCCUCAGCCUCAGGCCCAAUCUCAGUCGCAGUGGAGGCCCCAGCAGAGGCCCCCCAGGCCCCCCCAGCAGAGGCUCCCACCUUCCUGGGCAGAUCAGGUGGACGCCCAUAGCGCUGCUGGAUACCCUGAGGAUGAUGGGUUCUCUACCGUCGGUAGCAAGCGUGGUGGGCGGGCCCGGGCGAAGGCCCCCAAGAGCUCUACCACUGGGUGGGGCACUGUCGACGAGCAGCCCUGGUGAGUGUAUUGAGCGAAUAGAAUUGCAGGGUCGUGCCGCCUCUGUAUUUUUUUUUUGUAUUUUUAUCCGAACCUCUAUCCUUGCCAUUCAUUGCGCGAUAUGUACCAUAUGUACCAUACCCUGAUCGAUUUUCAUACCUAUGCACUACAGAAUUACCUUUCGUUUUACCUACUGUCCAACCAGCGCCGCUAGUGCGAUCAUUGUCACGUAAUUUUAUCGAAUUGCAUACUUUACGAUCGUUUUGUGAAAUGCAUGUUGUACUUUCGCGACUUGUUUUA